GAAUUGACGUCUUACACUCUAGUUGUCAUCGUGCCGGGUUCAACCCAGGGCAGCUAAGUCAGAGGGUCGGGAGACCCCAGCCAAGUGGUUGAUGGUGCGGGCGGCAAAAGCUUUGUUUGCUCUCGGCGUCUCUUCCAAUCUCAUCUCUCAGAUCUGCCAAUUGGGGCUUCCGGUAGCUUCACAAACUCUCUACCACGAAGGAGAGAAGAUCUGUUUCCUCUCUCACCGCCUGUACGAAGCCAAUCAGCAGCUGAACCAUUGUCUUGGGAGUUCAACUACCUUGGACGAAGGAUUCUUACAGCCAGGGCAUUAGAGGGAGUUGACCCCAAAGAGGCAGCUUCAUCCUCGAUAGGUUUCAAUACGCGUGCCCAGAUUUGCAGGAAAGAUCCACCUCAACCUCUGGAUUGCCCAAUUGGCUCCUUUACGUGAGAGGCUUUGGCUUUU